AUGCCUUUCCUUCAUCAGCAUGGGACUGCCGCCGCUUCAGACCCUGCUGAUCUGGCUGUGCCUCGGGCGCGGCGUGGCCCUCGCUCGGUGCUGAAUUCUACAGCCUCGACGAAGCCAAGAGUGGAACCCAGCAAGGGAACGCCGCCCAGUGAAGGAGGAGGCGCUAAAGGAGACCAAGGAGCAGAACUUCAGAAGGUCGUAGAAAAGAAGGAGGCGGUAGAGUGUCCGAAAGAUGUAGGAAGCGGCGUGGCAAUUGAUGAAGGUGAGAGCACCGGGGAGUCCGACUUCGAGAGCGACGAGGAUUGCGAUACGAGCAUUGUAAAGGGAGACGGAGGAGAAACGGACGAGGAAGAUGAGAGUACAGAAGAAUCUAAAAAGGGGACUGGUAAAGAAAACGGAACUGAAAGUGGCGGAGGUAAAGGGGGGAAAGGCGAGAGUGGCGUGAAAGACGAAACAAAGGCAAACAAGACCAAAACCACUAACGAAACUUUGAAUGGCGUGAAAAACGAAAGCAAGAGUGACGUGAAAAACGGAACUCUGAGUCGGCCGAAAGUCAAACCUGGAAGUGGCAAAAACAGGACAGGGGAUUCUGACUCAAGUGACAUUGAAAGCACUGAAGAAUCCGACUUUGAACAAACAACUGAAGAUGAAGAAAAGGAGAGAGCUAAAAGUGAAAAGAAGGCAAAACAAGCGGAGGAGAAACAGAAUAAAGGCAAAACAACUGAAGAUGGAACGACUGGCAAUAGGUCGAUGAAAGUGGCAGACCAAGCAAAGAAAACCGAAACGACUAAAGGUGGGGAAAAUGACGAGAAGGUGAAGGAAGUGGCAGACGAAACGAAUGAAAGUGGAACGACUAAAGAUGGAGAAAAUGACGAGAAGGUGAACGAAGUGGCAGACGAAACGAACGAAAGUGGAACGACUAAAGAUGACGAAAAUGACGACAAGGUGAACGAAGUGGCAGACGAAACGAACGAAAGUGGAACGACUAAAGAUGGAGAAAAUGACGAGAAGAUGAACGAAGUGGCAGACGAAACGAACGAAAGUGGAACGACGAAAGAUGGAGAAAAUGACGAGAAGGUGAACAAAGUGGCAGACGAAACGAACGAAAGUGGAACGACUAAAGAUGGAGAAAAUGACGAGAAGAUGAACGAAGUGGCAGACGAAACGAACGAAAGUGGAACGACGAAAGAUGGAGAAAAUGACGACAAGGUGAACAAAGUGGCAGACGAAACGAACGAAAGUGGAACGACUAAAGAUGGAGAAAAUGACGACAAGGUGAACGAAGUGGCAGACGAAACGAACGAAAGUGGAACGACUAAAGAUGGAGAAAAUGACGAGAAGGUGAACAAAGUGGCAGACGAAACGAACGAAAGUGGAACGACUAAAGAUGGAGAAAAUGACGAGAAGGUGAAUAUGGCAGACGAAACGAACGAAAGUGGAACGACUAAAGAUGGAGAAAAUGACGAGGUGAAGAAAAUGGCAGACGAAACGAAUGAAAGUGGAACGACUGAGGAUGAAGAAAAUGACGAGAAGAUGAAGGAAGUGGCAGACAAAACGACUAAAAAUGGAGAAAAUGACGAGAAGGUGAAGGAAGUGGCAGACGAAAUGACUAACAAUAAAAAAUAUCACAAGAAAUUGGCAGACAAAAAGAAAGAAAAAAACGCUAAGGCUGAAAAAAAGGACAAAAAAGUGGCAGACGGAACAAAAAAAGAAAAGAAAGUGACAGACAAACCGAAGGAUAACGAGACGACUAUGGCUAAUAAGAAGGAAAAGAAAGUGACAGACAAACCGAAUAAAGACGAAACGACUAUGAAUGGAGUGGCAGACAAAAGGAGAAGUAAGAAGGAACCGAAGUUGGUCAUAGCGCCGAUGGAGGCGACACAACCGAAGGUGGAGAUUGAGACCAACUCGAAGUUGACAAAGCUAGACCAUUGAAAAUAAGUGACGAUGAUAGGGAAGAUAUCAAUGACGAAGACAGAGAUGAAAGUGACGAGACGGUGACGAAAGUGACAGACGAAAACAAAGGAUAAAACCGAAAUAGAAACUAAUAGAAGAAAUAAAAAUAAAGAAAUAACGAAGAGAAAGCUACCGAAAGAUACGAUACUGAAAAUGACAGAAAGACAACGAGGAGGAAAAUGACCUCACAUUCACUAGCGAAUUACCCAAGAAUCCAUGUUGAAGUUUUCGGUAAAAUCUGGUUUUGAAGUCGAUGCAAAAAAGUUCAAUCGGCUUGAGAGUUGAAAAUAAGAAAAAAAACAAA